AUGAAGAACAAAAAGAUUCUCAUCAUCGGUGGCGGUGUGAUUGGACUCGGUAUCGGGUGGCAGUUGGCGAAAUCGGGUGCCGCCGUUACUAUCUAUGAGCGCGCACAAGCCGGACGCGCCGCCUCUUGGGCAGCCGCUGGGAUGCUUGCUCCACUCGCCGAAGCACAUAUCGAAGAACCGGAACUGCUUAAGUUAGGCAGCCAAAGUUUAGCACUCUAUCCGCAAUGGGUUCGGGAAUUAGAGGCGGCUGCAGAGAUGUCGAUCGGAUAUCGAGUGGAAGGCACUCUGAUCAUCGGGUUAGAGCCUGAUGAUACACACCAACUUAGACAUCUUUACGCCUCACAACAAGAUUUAGGGCUGGAUGUUACAUGGCUGACGGGACGAGCGGCGCGUGAAAUCGAACCUGCGCUUUCACCGCGCGUGACCGCAGCCAUCCGCUGCGAGAGCGAUCAUCAAGUCGAUAACCGAUUGAUGGUAAAAGCACUCCAACGCGCCUAUCAGAGAUGCGGUGGCGUGUUGCACGAAAACAGUGCGGUCGAAAGCAUCCAUAUCGAAAAUGGGAUCGCGGCUGGCGUCAAGACACGAGACGGCGAAAAACAAAAUGGAGAUGUCAUCGUGUUGUCAGCAGGAUGUGAAUCUGCCCAAAUUCAGGGACUUCCAGAUGCCAUCCGUCCGCCGGUGCGUCCUGUGAAAGGACAGAUGUUGGCAUUGCAGAUGGAGGCUGGCAUUACGGUCAAAAACGUCAUCCGCACCGUCAGAGCAAGGUAUCCGAUGUCGGUAUAUCUGGUGCCGAGAACCGAUGGCAGGCUCAUCGUCGGUGCGACAACCGAGGAGAUGGGGUUUGACACACGUUUGACCGCUGGCGGUGUGUUUGAGCUGCUCCGCGGCGCAUGGGAAGCGGUGCCGGGUGUUUAUGAACUUCCCCUUCUGGAAACAUGGACAGGUUUACGUCCCGGUAGCCGAGACAAUGCCCCCAUACUUGGCGAAACGCCCAUUGAGAAUCUGAUAUACGCCACAGGACAUUAUCGCAACGGCAUCUUACUCACACCCAUCACGGCUUACGAGGUCUCCAAGCUGAUUCUGACCGGUGAGACUUCAGAGACAAUCGCCCCGUUCCGGGUAGACAGAUUUUUGGCAUAA